AUGGCAUCAGUAGCGGCAUCCUCCUCCAUCCUCCUCCGAGGCGGCACCCUCCUCUUCCACGACGACAAGGAUCACGUGAAACCCCUCCGCAACACAGACAUCCUGAUCCAGGCCAACCGCAUCGCCAAGAUCGGCAAGAGUCUCGUCGCGCCGGCCGGCACCGAGCUCGUCAACUGCAGCGGCAAGAUCAUCAGCCCUGGCUUUGUCGAUACGCACCAUCACCUGUGGCAGACGCAGCUCAAGGGGUGUCAUGCCGAGCAGUCUGUUUUCGACUACCUGGUGACGGGCUUCUGGCAGAGUUAUGCGUACAAGCCGCGGGAUAUGUUCUGGGGACAGCUUGGAGGAGCUUUGGAGGCGAUUGAUGCUGGGACUACGUUUGUACUGGACCAUGCCCACGGCAACCAGACCAAUGAACACGCAACCCAAGCUCUAUCCGCGACCAUAGCAUCCGGCAUCCGGUCAAUCUUUGCUUACUCUCACGCUCCCUACUUUACCAAAUGGGACUCAAAAACAUGUGAGCCGUCGCGCGACAUCAUGCCGGAUUCCAGCAUGGCGCACAUCUUCGAGCUCGCUAGGUCACAGCCGUACGGGAACGGCAGGGUCCACAUCGGUUUCGGGUUUGACUACUGGUUUCUGCCCAAAGAGGCUGUCGUGGGCAUCUUUUCCGGGCUGCGCCAGGCGGGAAUCAAGCUGUUUACGUCUCACUAUGCUAAGAACCCGGCUCUGGGGAACAACCCGUUGAUCUCUACCCUCGAGUCAUACGGCCUCAUAAAGUCGCCCAGCGAUAUUCUCUUGUCGCACGCGACUGGCCUCGACGCUAAAGAGGUGGCCAAGUUGGUCGAGACUAAGGUUCCAGUAUCGAGCACUCCGGAUACGGAAGCCCAGAUGGGAUUUGGCUGGCCAGUUGCUUUCACGUCGGGCAUCAGCACCACGUUUGGCGUAGACUGCCAUACCAGCAGCACAAGCUCCAUUCUCGCUCUCGCCAGGUCUGCGUCACACAUGGCACGCCAGCAGGAUGCUGUGGCAGAGACGGAAAAUGGCACUGGCGCUCCUCGCCGGAUGCAUCUUAACCCGAGGGGCAGCACCCAGGAGGCGUUUAACGCGGCCACGAUCAACGGAGCACGCGCAGUUCUUCUAGGAGACCAGAUUGGCUCAAUCAAGGAGGGCAAACUAGCAGAUUUGGUCAUAUUCGAUGCGCCCAGUAGCCCGGCAAUGAGCUGCGUCUCCGAGUCAGACCCAUUGGCAGCUGUCGUACGACACAGCGACGUGCGAGAUGUCGAGGGCGUCAUUGUCGAUGGAGUAUGGAGGAAGAAGAACGGCAAGAUCCGCCCGGUGACUGUCAAGGAGACGGGAGACACGUUGGAGUGGUCGCAGAUUAGGGAUGAGCUGCUCAAGAGCCAGCGCGAUAUCCAGGAGAGGCAGAAGGGUCUGAAUCUGGACAAGGCGAAGGAGGCGCUUGUUGCCAUGUUUUACAUUGACAAGAGCAAGCUGAUUGAGAAGCCACGGGAUUGA